UCAGAAACUUGAAGGCUUUGGAGGGUUCCGCUUUCUCUCUCUCGAUUUCUGUCUCUCUCUCUCCGAAGCCGCGAAGAUCUCUCUCUCGGCGGCUGCCCCUUACGCAGUCAAGCCAACACAUCUCAGUCUCCUUUCUUUGGACUGCAGAUUUUAGUUUGUCUUGGUUCUUUCUUCUGUUUUUCCGCCUAGUCGUCUAUAAGUAGACGCGUAUAUAUAAUAUAUAUAUACAAGGUAGAGGGGACCUAGACCUUCGAUCUGAUCUGCUCAUGGCGGCCGUUGCUCCUCCUGCUUCUGAUCAAUCUGCAGAUUUACUGCAGAAGCUCUCUUUGGAUUCACAGAGCAAGGACCUUGAAGUUACCGAUUCUGAAAAGAAGCCUACCGCCUACCAAACUCUAGCGAAUGGCAUUGGCAAACCAUAUGAGCGAUCUACUACCCCUUUUCCGCAGAAUUUCGUGGAUCCAAUGAUGUGGUACUUCCCCAAUGCUUAUCCACCAGCUGGAUAUUAUUCUGGAGGUUAUCCUGGGUCAGGCAACGAAUGGGAUAACUACAACAUAUAUGCUAAUCCUGAUGGUGUUGAGAUGCCUCCUGGCUUGUAUGGCGAUAAUGGGUCUCUUGUGUAUUACCAUGGAUAUUAUCCACCAUAUAGCGCAUACCACUCACCAGAUUCGCCCAUUCCUACCGUGGGAGAUGAUGGCCAGCUCUAUGGACCACAGAAUUACCAAUACCCUUCUUAUUACCAGUCUUCAACUCCAAAUGGUGAACCUUUCUCUGUGAAUCAAGCUGAUGCUCCCCAAAAGGGUGUUUCAACGUCUACUGGAGCAGAGCAAGUACCUUUUCAUGUGGAUACAGCCAAAAUGAACCAAACUAGUGUAGAAAGUUUUGGUAAUGUAAAUGGCACAAAUGCCUCAAAGCCACUGAAAUCAAAUCAGAACUCAUGUUUAGGUGCAAAUGGUUCCUAUGGAAGGGGGGGAGGCCGGCCAAAGGAUGGAAUCCCCUCACCAAACCCCUGGUUGGAUGGCUCCAAAUUUCCUGAUGGCAAGCCUAAACAUGCACCAGUUUUGCAAGGCGCCAAUUUUCUUCCUGGAAAGAAUCAGAAUCUUCAUCCGUUGUCGCAUCUCACGGGGCCACAGCACCAUAUGCCAACAUUUGGAAUGAGCAAUGUUGGUUUUAUUGAUAGGAGUUACCCAAACAAUAGGAUGUACAGUCAAUAUGCACACUCUUUCAGGACUGGCGCAGGAUUUGGAUUUAAUGGUUAUGGGGCAAGGCUAAAUGGGCGUGGGUGGGUCGAUGGCAAGUAUAAACCAAGGGUUUAUGGUAAUGGUUUAUUUGGUCAUGGUAUUGGGAAUGUGGAUGGCUUGAAUGAAUUAAAAAGAGGGCCUAGAAUCAAGGGCUUCAAGAACCAAAAGGAUCUUGAACCAAUCGCAUCAGGUGAAAAAGAGCAGAAUACUCAAUCGCAUGGGAAUGAUUCUGAGGAUAACUUGUCUGGUAAAGACUUACCCGAGAGUUAUCCAGAUGCCAAGUUCUUCAUUAUUAAAUCGUACAGUGAGGAUGAUGUCCAUAAGAGUAUUAAGUACGGUGUGUGGGCUAGCACAUCAAAUGGCAAUAAGAAGCUGGAUGCAGCGUAUCAUGAAGCUCAGACAGCGGGUUGCCCUGUGUUUCUUUUCUUCUCUGUUAAUGCUAGCGGGCAGUUUGUUGGUCUGGCUGAGAUGGUUGGCACUGUUGAUUUCACCAAGAGCGUUGAGUACUGGCAGCAGGACAAAUGGACCGGUAAUUUCCCUGUGAAGUGGCGUAUAGUGAAGGACAUACCUAAUAGUUUGUUAAAGCACAUAAUACUUGAAAACAACGAGAACAAGCCAGUGACCAAUAGUAGGGACACUCAAGAGGUUAAGUUUGAUCAGGGUAUUGAAAUACUGAAGAUUUUCAAGGGCCAUUCAAGCAGGACAUGUAUUCUAGAUGACUUUGGGUUCUAUGAAUCUCGCCAAAGAAUCAUGCAAGAAAGAAAAUCUAAGCACAUGCAUAUGAAUAAUAAACUGGUGGGUAGCAAGAAGCUUGCGGAUGCUGUUGUGACUGAUGAAGGAAAAGAUGGGUUCUUGGGAGGAAAAUCUUUGGAAAUUGCCCCUUCAGGCGAUAUCGAGGACUCUGAUCCUGCUGCACAAGAAUCUGUAGAUAUUGUCUCAACAGUCUUGACGGAGGAACCAGUUGCUGCAACUGGGGAACCCGAGAAGAUGCCAACAAUUGCAGCUGCUGCGGAAGAUGUUUCUGGGAAUGCUUGCUGAUUUAUCUCGGUUCAUCAUAUAUUCAGAGGAUGGUAGAUGGUAACAAAGUCCCCCCCCUAGCUGAAAUUAUUCCCCUCCCCCAUACAGAAGAAAAAUCUGACUUCUACAGUUGGCUAGUCUUGUUCGGGAAAAAGGCCAAUCAUGUGGAAGAAGCGCAGAGGCGGGCGGCAGCGCAAGACAAAGUUAACUGCUUUUGGGUCUUUCACCUCAUCUUUGAUUUUUGGUCUAGAAAAAAAAAGAAAAGUUUACAUGGCUUGGCCCAACUCCCCCUCUUGUACAUCUUUCUCCUCAGCUUGAGCGUCGAUGUAGGAUCAUUACCAACCCUACACCCCCUCUCUGCCCAUUGACCCGUCUAUGGCUGCUGUGUUGGGUUUCUUGAUUUUUGUCUUCUGCGUCAACUUCUAUAUGCAAUAGAAUAUUUAGCAUUUUUUUGGGUGGUGUCUGCAUUGCAAAAUAACCAGGUUAAGAGUUUUGAAUAGGUGAACUGAUUAGUGAAAUUGAAAACUUCAGUUUGUUGUUUGUCUUUUGUUUCGAUGGUUUUUGUUUAGCCUCUUUAUAAAUAAGAAAUGAUAUUGCAGCAGCAUGGGGAAAAA